AUGUUCAAUUAUAGUUAAUAUGAGGAGGAAAUUAAUCAUCCUCAAUAUCGUACCAGAGUGAGAUAUCAGUAAGUAUUGAUGCUAAUAAAAGGGAUAAAGAGGCCAAAAGAAAUCUGAAUGGAUAACUUGAUGUGACAUGUUUUUUAAUGGCUGUAGAGAUUUAGCGUCUGAUUGCUGAAAACACUGAACUGAAAAUUACUAUUAAGCAGCAAUCUGAUAGUGGAUUAGACAGAAUCAAUUAUGAGAUGUAAAUAAGAGAUCUAAUGGAAAAGCUACAAUAAUUACAGCAGUAUAUAAUAUUAUUGAGAAUAGAGACAAUUAUAAAAUAGGCAGCGAUAACGAGAGGCUGAGAAAACUCAUAAGAGACUAUGAAGUUUAAUUAUAACGAUAGGAAACCUAAUUACGUGACUAUGAUCCAAAUUGGAAGAAAGAAUUAGAACAAUAAAAAAAACAGCUAGUAUAAUUGUAAAAAAAGAUAGGCGAUGAUGAUGUUGGUAAGUAAUAUUAUUGCUAAUAAAAGAUGAUUUGAGGUCUCAAUUAAACAAAUUAAAAAAGAAGCUAGGGGAUUAUGAAAAACAGUUUAAUGGCAAAACUCCAGAAGAAUUAUAAAGAAUGUUAGAUGACUUAUAAAGAAAGGCCAAGUAACUAGAUGAUAUAUAAAAUAAAAUUGGAGGAAUGGAUCCUGACACUUUAGCCAAAAAACUGAAGGAAUUAGAGAAGUUGUAAAAGUCAUUUGGAGGAAGUCCAGAAGAUUUAUUAAAAGUAAAAUACAUAAAAAUUAUUUUUAGGAAUUAGAAAGAACGAAAAAAAAGGCAAAAGAUGCUGAUGAUCUCAAAAAAGAAUUAGAUAGAUAGCUAAGAGAGAAUGAUAAGUAGAAAAAUGAUUUAGAUGUUCUUGAUGAUCUAAGAGUAAUAUAGAAUAUUAAUUUAGAAAAACGCAUAAAAUUUAUAAUUGGAAAAUGGGUAAUUAAAUUAAUAAUUGAAUGAUUUGAAAAAUAAAUUAAGAGAUGCAGAUCAAUUAAGAUUAGAAAUUGAAUAAUACAAAGAAUUAUUAAAGAAAAAAGAGUAAGAAAUUGCAUAUCUUAAAAAUUAAUUAUCCGAUUAAUAAAGAUAAUUAUAAGAUACUCAAAGAUAGCUGUAAGAUUAAUUAAGACAAUUGGGAGAUUUGUAAUAGAGAAUUAGAUCAGCAGAACAAGAUAAAUUAAGAUUAUAGUCAGAGUUAAACAAUUGUCUCGAUGAAUUAGAUUCAGCAGAUGGGUAAAAAGAAGCUGCCUCUCAGUUAAAAGAUGAAAAUGAUAAAUUAAAUUAAGAGGUAGAUUAAUUAAAUGAUGAUAAAAACAGAUUAUCAAAUGAAAAUGAAGAACUUAGAAAUCGAUUAAAUGAUUUAAUGAGAUAAAUAUAAGAUAAAGAUAAUAAAUUAAAGGAUUUGCAAUAAGAUAUAAACAAAAAGAAUUCAGAAUUGAAGGAUUUAGGUAAUAAAUUAAAGGAAGCUAAUGAUAAAAUUGAGUGGAUUAAAAAUGAAUUCGGAUUGACUGAUGAUGACUUAGACCCUAAAAAAAGAAAACUGAAUGCAAAAAAUAUUAAGGAAAAUAUUCUUUUCUCUAACAUCUAACCAUCUAAUUUAUUAUUGAAUUUUCUAUUGCAAUCGGCUGAAAUUGAACGAUUAGGAAUAAUUAUUGAUAAGUAUUAUAGUGAAAAUGAUUCAUUAUAAAAUCAAGUGAAAACUUACAAAUAAAAGAAUGAAUAAAUUAGUCAAUAAUUGUAACAAUAACUAAUAUUGCAAUCUUAAAUGACUCAAGAUAAUGAAAUAGAAAAAUUAAAAGAAUAUUAUGAAAAUAAAAUAGUAAUGUUGACGAUGGAAGUAAGUAGAUUAAAAAAACAGUAAACUUAUAGUUCAUAUUAAUCAAUACCUGUUUCUCAUAAAUUGUAACCUAGACCAAAUAGUUAAAAUUUUGGUGAUAUUUCUGAAACUCCUUAAAUACAGCCGAAAAGGGAAGAAGAUUUAUUGAGUUUAAUUGUUUUAAUGGGAGUUGAAAUAUAACAUCUUAGAGAUCAGAAUAGUACAUUAAUUUUGUAAACCCAUGAUAAAGAUGUGAUCAAAGGAUUAUUAACAACAAGUGGUUAUGAAAGUCAAUCGAAAACAAAAAUUUAAACUUAGCUUAAUGAAUAUACAAAUAAUUAUGAAAAUAAUUCUUAAAGGGAUUCAAAUAAAGGAUUGACCAGAAAUUCAUUCUAGGAUUUCUAGAAUAAUUAUACUUAAAUUAACAAUUCAAGUUAGUAGAGAGUAAAGACUACAAAUGACUCAAGACAAAAUGAUACUUUUAAUUUAGACAGAAUUACAUCAUAAUAAAUUGGCAAUGGUUCUUAAAAAUCAUAUCAAUAUUAAGCUUAAAUUCCCUAUAAAUAUGAUCAUAGUUCAUAAUUAAGUGGAAGUGGAAGCUUUUUAAAAGUUGGUAAAUUAGAAUAAUCUAAAUAUGUAAAUUGA